AUGUUCAUCCUAACCACCAUCUCAGAUUUGAUCCAAAUUUCACCUCAGGAUUUCUCGAAGUUCAGUGCUGUCGCCCUUGAAGACAACAUCAACGCAAAAUAUGCCAACAAGGUCAUCCAAAAAAUCGGCCUUUGCAUAAGCUUCUAUGACCUGCUCGAGUCUUCUGAUGGACUAAUCGGCCAUGGCACUGGCCUGGUCAAUGUCAAUGUUAAGUUCCGCAUGAUUGUAUUCCGGCCCUUCAAAGGCGAGAUCCUGCUGGGGAAGAUUUCCAGUGGCACAGAGCAUGGAAUCAAGAUUGGUCUCGAAUUCUUCAAUGAUAUUCUGAUCCCACCGCAGAUGCUCAUGGAGAAGUCUCGAUUCGACUAUGCCGAACAGGUAUGGAUCUGGGAGAGUGAAGGUGGCACAGAGUUCUUCUUCGAUGUAGGAGAAGUUGUCCGCUUCCGUGUCGAGUCCGAAGAAUGGCAUGAUCAGAUCCCCAAUGCACCAGAGCUUGGCGAUGAGACCCCGCAGGAGAGGCGGCCUCCUUAUUCCAUUCUCGGAUCAAUGCAGAUGGGAGGUACGGGACCCAUCACGUGGUGGUAG